AUGUUUCUAUUGACAAAAUAUGUGUGGAGAUGGAUCACCGCUUUAGUGAAGGAAGUAACGUUAUCCUUGAUUGGCCCCAAGAACUCUUUCUCCAAGUUUGAAGUUGCUAAGCUUGCUUAUCUUGCUGAUAUUUAUCAUGAAGACUUUUCUGAUGACGAUCGUGGAAUAAUAAGAGAUCAACUUGACAAUUAUGUUCUUCAAGUGAGAAGAAAUGCUUCAUUUUCCACUUGUGAAGAUGUUCAAACAAUCAAGAUUAUCAAGUCUAAAUUUCACAAUAAGAUCAACGAUGUGUGGUUCAAUAACUUGAUGAUAUGUUACACCGAACGAGAUAUAUUCAAGUCACUUGAUGAUAUUGAUAUUAUUCGAACAUUCAUCGAAAAAAAGUAUCGAAAAGGACAUUUGCCUUGUGAUUUUGUUUAG